GUUACCCGAGCUCCAGUACCCUGCCGAGCCAUCCGGCCGACGUCGCUCUCACUUCCCUGCGAAUGUGGACCAACUGAUCCGUCUCAAAACGUCGACACCCGCUCUAGUUUCCCGUUAAUAUAGUGACCGCUACGCUGUCUGCUUCGGACGCGACCAACGAGGCGUCGUGUCAGCCGAUGUCAACCGAGCAAUUUGAGCCACGAUCGCUUGUUUUCGCUGGGGGUUGCUAAAAGCUAGCACUACCCUGGCGAGCUAACUGGCGCUAGCCUUGAAAGCUACCUCAGCGCUAGCGGACGGCGGAGCCUGUUAGCCUAGCGUGCUAGCGUAUUAGCUCUGCUCUCCCUCCUCCCUCCCCCCUCCUAAAUAAAACUUGAUCCUGACGGACACAAGCGGCGCUGGCUUGUUGCUGACAAGCCACGAUCUAUUCGUAGCCGUCGCCUGGUAGUCAUGUCCGGCGGACAGCCAUCAACCGCCGCGGGGGGCUGCGGGUUCCUCAUGUCGGUUGUCGUUCACGGGGACUCUGCUCUCCACGAGCAGGAGAAGGAGCUCCAGCAGCGGCUCCGACGGCUCUACCCCGCCGUCAACGAGACCGAGACCCCGCUGCCUCGGUCGUGGAGCCCCAAGGACAAGUUCAGCUACAUCGGCCUCUCUCAGAACAACCUCCGUGUGCACUAUAAAGGUCAUGGUAAGACCCCCAAAGACGCUGCCUCCGUGCGGGCCACCCAUCCAAUCCCAGCAGCCUGCGGGGUCUACUACUUUGAGGUCAAGAUCAUCAGCAAAGGGCGAGAUGGGUACAUGGGCAUCGGCCUCUCUGCACAGGGGGUCAACAUGAACAGACUUCCUGGUUGGGACAAGCACUCGUACGGUUACCACGGCGACGACGGCCACUCCUUCUGCUCCUCCGGUACCGGCCAGCCCUACGGCCCCACCUUCACCACAGGCGACGUGAUUGGCUGCUGCGUCAACCUCAUCAACAACACCUGCUUCUACACCAAGAACGGCCACAGCCUAGGUAUUGCCUUCACAGACUUGCCGCCCAACCUGUACCCCACGGUGGGGCUCCAGACCCCCGGCGAGGUGGUGGACGCCAACUUCGGCCAGCAUCCCUUCGUCUUCGACAUCGAGGACUACAUGAGGGAGUGGCGAACCAAGAUCCAGGCUCAGAUCGACCGCUUCCCCAUCGGGGAGCGCGAGGGAGAGUGGCAGGCCAUGAUCCAGAAGAUGGUGGCGUCUUACCUGGUCCACCACAGCUACUGUGCCACGGCGGAAGCCUUUGCCAAAUCCACGGACCAGGCGGUGCAUGAGGAACUGGCCUCCAUAAAGAACAGACAGAAGAUCCAGAAGCUGGUGUUGUCUGGCCGGAUGGGCGAGGCCAUCGAGACGACCACGCAGCUGUACCCCAACCUGCUGGAGAGGAACCCCGACCUGCUCUUCAUGCUGAAGGUGAGACAGUUCAUUGAGAUGGUGAACGGGACGGACAGUGAGGUGCGCUGUCUGGGUGGCCGCAGCCCCAAGUCCCAGGACAGCUACCCUGGCUCCCCCCGGCCCUUCAGCAGCCCCAGCCACAAGGCCAGCAGCUCCACACCAUACCUCACAGGGUUCGACAGCAGCUGCUGUAACGGUGUGACGACCAGCAAGAGCCACAGCUCCUCCCCUAACGCCCACAAGCCCUGCCCCCCUGCCACUAGCCCCGCCCUACCAGUGUCCGACGUCAGCCUCAACGGGACCAGGACUCAGCCAAUCAGCAGCGACGUGGACAUGGAGGUGGACCACUUCACCAACGGCGUGUCAGACUCCUUCUCCAACGGCUUCCUGAACGGAAGCACCAAGCACGCCGCGGAGACCCCCGACUGCGACGCCGACAUGGAGGUGGAGUCGGGCCAGUCCAAACGGCAGCUGUGUGGGGGGAGCCAGGCGGCCAUCGAGAGGAUGAUCCACUUCGGCCGGGAGCUCCAGAGCAUGAGCGAACACCUCCGCCGGGAGUGCGGCAAGAACUCAGCCAAUAAGAAGAUGCUCAAGGAUGCCUUCAGCCUGCUGGCCUACUCAGACCCCUGGACCAGCCCCGUAGGAUACCAGCUGGACUCCAUCCAGAGAGAACCUGUCUGCUCCACGCUCAACAGUGCAAUACUAGAGACCCAUAACCUCCCCAAGCAGCCCCCGCUGGCCCAGGCUGUGGGCCAGGCGGCCCAGUGUCUGUCCAUCAUGGCGCGCUCCGGCAGCGGCUCCUGCGCCUUCGCCACCGUGGACCACUACCUGCACUAACCCCGCCCCCAACACACACACACAUACAGACAUAGAGACGGACACACAGACAAAAACAGACAGAUGCAGACAGACACACUGACAGACAGACGCACACACCCUGACUGACUGACAGAGGCACACACCCUGACUGACUGACAGACGCACACACCCUGACUGACUGACAGAGGCACACACCCUGACUGACUGACAGACGCACACACCCUGACUGACUGACAGAGGCACACACCCUGACUGACUGACAAGACGCACACACUGACCGACAGAGACACACACUGACAGACAGAGAGAGACACACACACACUGACAGAGAGACACGCACACACACACUUACAGACAGAGAGACACACACACACACACUGAGAGACACACACAGACGGACACACAGACAGCCCGACACAGACAGAGACAGACGCACACCUUAUAAUGGAUUCCCUCUUCUUUGCGAGCCCCCCCCCCCCUCCCCUCUAGCCAGGGCUGUGACAUCGCUCAGACGCUGCUAGCCGAGAGUAGCUAACAUCAGAACACUUUUUACCCCCAGAUGAAGACUGCAGCACUAUAAGUGCUCGCUACCCCCCCCCUCCCCCCCCCCCCUCUGGUUGAGCUAAGCCCCGCCCCCAGGUGUACGUACGCCUGAGUAGCGAGGCACGCGCAACAUCAACGCACUUCAUCGAGCUAACGGGAGCUAGCCUGCUAACGAUAACAGGCCUGCCAAAAGGAGCAGGGUGGCUAACGGGAGCUAGCCUGCUGCCGAGGAUUGGUAAGCCUGAGGGGUGCUAGCCGGCUAUCGCUGGCUACCUAGCCUGCUAACAGAUGUGCACCGUAGCUAAGUGGCUGACAGGAGUUGGUCAGCUAGCAGAUGCUAGUCUGCUAACCGGCAGUUGGUCAGCAAAUGUUAGCUAGCCAGCUAACAGAUGCUAGCCUGCUACCGGCAGUGGGUCAGCUAAUGGUGGCUAGCCCGCUAACGGAAGUUGGCUAGCCAGCACACAGGACUGUCGCGGUUCAGACACUCGUCUCAUCAAGGCUUUGCGGACCGAGUGCACGUGAGCCGUGUGCACGUGAGCCGACGGCUACGACAGAACCACAGACCCUCCGCCUCCCGGGGGGGGUGGGGGUGGGGGGGCAGGAGACCUGUGAGAUGCAUGAGGACUCCUGACCUCCAGGGGGUGACCUCACCCCCCCCCCCCCCCCCACCACCACCUUGUUUCGUCUGUUAUAUUUUGCCGGGAGAUGGGGCCAGGGGGGGCGAUAUGUUACUCCCCGUUUUGUUUUUAGGUUUUUCUCCCCCGGGGUGACAUGGCAUCAGACGGAUGAGUAAUAUUGUUAUUUUUAUUCUAAUUAUCAUUAUCCAGAUUGUUACUUGCAUUCACAGUAUAUUUGUUAAGCGCCCGAGUGUCACGACCGUAAUAAAGUUCCCCCUCCCACUCCGUCUAGCACCGAUGGCUGUGAUGUACAUGUUGACCGUUAAUAUCAUCCACCCGCUAUUAGCUAUGUAUCCAGACCAAUGGACACCUCCUCCACGCUGGUCAUUUAAUGUUAGACCCCAGUAUUAGUGGAACGAGGACACUCGCCCAACGUCCAGAAGAAUCGCUUCGAUUGAUGAUCAUUGAAGGGUGACAUAUUAUACCACCAGGUGUGAGUGUAAUUAGCUAUUACAAGCCGUUUUGAAAACCUGCCUCUUCUGACAUCACAAGUGGGCGUGUCCACCUAGAUGUGUGCUGGAUAGAUCAGCCUACCCAGUGGAGUGUCACAAACGUUGCUCAUCUAUCCCUCAUACAUCUAGGUGGACACGCCCACUUGUGAUGUCAGAAAGGGCAGAUUUUCACAACGGCUUGUAGCCGUUCACACCUUACCUUGCGGUAUGUCACCUUUUCAAAACGAUUCGAAAGUUAGUGAACGUGUGAGCGAGGGUAAACUUCCUCUUCUAUGGACGUAGCCACACCCCGACCUCCAGACUGAUACAUUUUACCUUUUUAUGAUUUAGAUUUUUGAUAUGUGUUUAUAUUAACCCUUUAUUAACCAAGAACUCAGGAGCCAGCCUCUGCGUUCUCCUCUGAUUGGUCCAGAGCGCCGAGAUCCCAACUGUCAAUAAAGGAAGCGGUUGGCCAUAUGUUUUGAUAUGUAUGAUUUGAACCCGGGUUCCAGCGACCGCUUAGGACCGGUCUGAACAACCCAGUCCCUCCCUCCCGCAUGUCUUUAUUCUUUUUUAGAUGGGCCACCCUCUCCUUCUGUCGUCGUUUCCGCCCUCCUUCUUUUUUCCCUCGCCCCUCCACCCCAUCCCAGUAAGAAACCCGUCUGAAGUCCAGUAUGGUCCGACCCCAGAGCCCACACAGCCCUCCCGGUCCCGGUACUGGCGGGUCGCGGGCUGAGGCCUCCUCCCGGUGUUUGACCGGCCCAGAGUCGGACGACUCGGCGCUCGUGUUCGUUGGUCUGGAUGGAGAGCAGUCACAGCUUUAGAAGUCUUUCUAGACGUGUUUUGAGUGCGCGUGGACCCUGUGCAUGCCGUAGUGAGCAGCUGGGUGUGGUUCUUUCUGGCGGGGCCGAGGCCCUGCCGUGUGGCCCGUGGCGGUUGCUACAUGAUGUGCAAUGUGUGUGUGAGGGUGAAAACGAUUUCUAUUAAACAUGACAAACGACA